GUCUGAGAAAAGUGUUCCAGUUUCUGUGUGUCUUGAAGGAGUCAUAGGAUCUUUAAUUGAUAUUUCGAGAACGCUGCUCGCUCCUUUCUAGCACCGUCUUCUGUUCCUCUCCUUUUUGUCGUUCACGUCCCGGUUACCAUCUGUCGCGAAAAUCAGUUCGCUAUGGCCGACGAACAGAAGCCGGUUACCGCCCAGGCGACCAACGCUGAAGCUGAGAAGGAUGUCCAGAAUGUGCUUGCAGAAUUGAAGGGCGAAGCCGAGGUCCCUGUUAAUGGCACGGAAAAGGAGGAGGCCAAGGAGGCUUCCGCAGACAAGUCUGAGGAAGCGGAGGAAGCUCGCAUUGUCGCUGCUGCCGCUAAGCUCGGCGAGAAGUCAGAAAAGUCAGAGAAUGGGAACCAGGCAGAGGACCGGGGUCGGGCCAACCGACGUCGCAACGAGAGCAAGUUCGACCCCUCCACACAGAAGGAGACGGACGACCCAGUCGAGAUUCGCAAGCAGGUCGAGUUCUACUUCUCAGAUUCCAACCUGCCCAUGGACAAGUUUCUACUCUCCAAGGUCGGCGGUAGCAAGAACAACCCCGUGCCCCUCGAGCUCCUCCACUCCUUCAAGCGCAUGCGCCGAUUCCAGCCCUUCAGCGCCAUUGUUGAGGCGCUCAAGAACUCCGAGACCCUUGAACUCACAGACAAUGACACUGCCGUCCGCCGCAAGGUUCCUCUACCUGAGACCGUCAAGGACACUCAUGACCCUACUGUCGUUAAGGUGUUUGAGGACAAGGCCAUGGCCCGUAGCAUCUACGCCAAGGGUUUCGGAGAGGAGACCCCUACCACACAACUUGACAUUGAAGCCUUCUUCGCCCCUUACGGCCCCAUAAAUGCCAUCCGUCUCCGCCGCACCAACGAAAAGUACUUCAAGGGAAGUGUCUUCGUUGAGUUCGCCUCUGAGGAGAAACAGAAGGCCUUCCUGGAACUAGACCCCAUGCCCAAGUGGAAGGAUCAGGAGCUCAUCAUUAAGAGCAAGAAGGAUUACUGCGACGAGAAGGUACGAGAAAUCGAAGCCGGCCGCGUCAAGCCCAGCGGUGGCCGCGGCCGCGGCGGGGCUCGUGGUCGUGGAGGUCGUGGCGGCCGUGGCGGUCGUGGAGGACGCCGUGACAACAACCGUGACUGGAGGGAACGACGCGACGCGGACCAAAAGCAAGGCUUCAAGAACGGCCAGGACGAGCAACCCGAACGUCGUGAGGUCCAGAAGGAUGCUCGUUAUAGCGGUGUGCCUGUCGUGCAGAGCACCGCCGACGCAGGUCAGAAGCGUACCCGUGAGGACGAGGCGAGCGCCGAACACCCUGCCAAGAAGGUCGACACCAAGGAGUAA